CGAGUCAGGGCUCCAUAAACAAUCCCUCUUAAUUAGCCCCCGCAGCCCAACACCUCUGGUGCAUCUAGCCCGGUUUACUGCCACGCCUACUCCUGUUGGAUCCGGUUCUAAAGUAAACUGUGUUCUUUGAGAGCCGCUGCAUACAGAUGAGUAGGCAGCCAGUCUGAGCUGACCCACAGACUCAUAAAAACCAACGGGGCCUCGGGCACCCACGCCCGGGACACCCAAUUUCUUGGAUCAAAGGUGCAAGGACCUGCUCUCAUCAAGGAUCCAGCUGCUUUCUUGGGGACCAAGACAUUGAGCUUUUGUCUCCGUAUUCACUCAAGCAGCCCAUGAGAUCAAGGUGUUGACAGAAAGAAUGUUCAAACAUCUUCGGAAAUGGUUUGUCACUCGCUUUUUGGGGCAUCCUCGGCGAAGAACAAGGUUGGUUUCCAAAGAUGGAAGGUGCAACAUAGAGUUUGGCAACGUGGAGGCGCAGACGAGGUUUAUAUUCUUCGUGGACAUCUGGACGACGGUGCUUGACCUCAAAUGGCGAUACAAGAUGACCAUCUUCAUCACAGCCUUCUUGGGGAGCUGGUUCCUCUUUGGCCUCCUGUGGUACGCGGUAGCCUACAUUCACAAAGAUCUCCCCGAGUUCCAUCCACCAGACAACCACACCCCUUGCGUGGACAACAUUAAUGGUCUGACCUCAGCUUUCCUGUUUUCUCUGGAAACGCAGGUGACUAUCGGCUAUGGAUUCAGGUGUGUGACGGAACAGUGUGGCACCGCCAUCUUCCUGCUCAUCUUCCAGUCUAUCCUUGGCGUCAUCAUCAAUUCCUUCAUGUGUGGCGCCAUCUUAGCCAAGAUCUCCAGGCCCAAAAAGCGGGCGAAGACCAUUACCUUCAGCAAGAAUGCCGUGAUCAGUAAGCGGGGCGGGAAGCUGUGCCUCCUCAUCCGCGUGGCCAACCUCCGGAAGAGCCUUCUCAUUGGCAGUCACAUCUACGGGAAGCUUCUCAAGACCACAGUCACUCCUGAGGGAGAGACCAUUAUUUUGGAUCAGACCAAUAUCAACUUCAUAGUGGAUGCCGGGAAUGAAAAUUUAUUCUUCAUCUCCCCACUGACCAUUUACCACAUCAUUGAUCACAACAGUCCCUUCUUCGACAUGGCGGCAGAGACGCUUCUCCAGCAGGACUUCGAGUUGGUGGUGUUUUUAGAUGGCACCGUGGAGUCGACCAGCGCGACCUGCCAAGUGCGGACAUCCUAUGUCCCAGAAGAGGUGCUCUGGGGCUACCGUUUUGCUCCCAUCGUGUCCAAGACCAAGGAAGGGAAAUACCGCGUGGAUUUCCACAACUUUAGCAAGACGGUGGAAGUGGAUACCCCUCACUGUGCCAUGUGCCUUUAUAAUGAGAGAGAUGCGAGAGCCAAGAUGAAGAGAGGCUAUGACAACCCCAACUUCACUUUGUCAGAAGUCAACGAGGCAGAUGACACUAAAAUGUAGCAGUGGCUUUUCA